AUGUCUUUACACUUUACACAUAUAUUGAUUAUUUGUAUGAUGUUGAUCACUUUGGCGCAUUCAAAUACUUUGGGUCCAAAGUGUAAUACAUGCGUGGAUCACGGAAAGGAAUGUGGCAAUGAUAAUCAGGUGUGCACAGCUGGUACCUAUUGUGUAAAUGUCAAUCCAUCCAAUCAAAACGAAGUAAAGAUGCGUUGUCUAAACGUCACAGAGAUCGAUGGCAAUAUCCAAUGUACAAACGACACUCAAUGUCCUUCAUCAAUGACAUGUAUCCUCGACGCCACCAUCGAGAAUAUAAUAUUAUAUUGUAGACAAUCAAAUUAUAGAGGAUUAGGCGAUCAUUGUCAAUACCCAUAUCAAUGCUCCGGAUUGUUGAUGUGCUUUGAUGGUAUUUGCUCCAACAAACAAUAUCCAAGAUGUAAUUCGGUUGCCGAAUGUCAUAGCAAUCAGACCUGUUUGAAUUCAUACUGUGUCCAGAGGUCUGAUGAAGGUGCUGGCUGUCUCGUCGACACAGACUGCCAAGCCAACUUCAACUGCAUCCCAACUGUCACUGGCAACACCAGUACAUGUCAGUCAAUGUUCUCGCGAGUUGAAGGCCAGCCAUGCCACAAAGAUUUCGAUUGUGACCUCUCACUCGGUCUACAGUGUAAUGGAGGUUUCUGCCAGAAGCCGGUAACUGGUAUAGAGUGUGGCGCGGACAAUAUGUCUUCAUGUAAUGUUAGCUCUAGUUGUAUAUGUGAUGCGACAUCGGGAGUGGGAUCAUGCCACAGCAAACAUUUGUACAGCAAGGAUUGCAAGGAUCAGUAUCUCAAGUACGUCGAGUGUUCAAAGAGUAGUGGAUGUCCAUCUGUGGAUGUGGUGGUGGCAGGAUCAUGUCUAUUCGACAAGUGUAUGACUUGUGAUUACCAAAAGGCCUGUUACAACAGUGAUGUCACAUGUGGAGCUGGCGGAGCCUGUCUCAGCGGCUCCUCUACACUCUCUCAUCCACUCUCACUCAUCAUCAUUUUCCUGCUCCUCACAAGUUCCACGCUCAUCACCUUU